CUUCAGGGUUUAAUGAUCAGUCAUUGGGUGUCAGAUGUGGAGUGAAUGAUCAUGUUGAUUUUAUUCCUUUAUUGUUUUUCUUCUCCAGCUAAUGUCUGUUCUGUGUUUCUCUGUUUGUGUUUGCUGAUGUGAAGGGGCUUAUGAAAUGACUAUGCCGUCAGUGAUUGUGGGAGAAUCUAUCACUCUAAACCCUGAUGGAGUACGUGAAGAUGACAGAUUACAGUGGAUAUUUAGAAGCUGUUGUAUUGCUGAAAGGGGAAGCGGUGCUCAUAGUUCCACUGUAUAUGAUGAUCGUCCUGAUGGGAGAUUUAAAGACAGACUGAAGCUGAAUCCUCAGACUGGAUCUCUGACCAUCCCAGAAACCAGAACCACAGACACUGGAGAUUUUGAACUACUGAUCAUCAGAUCAGGAAAGAUCUCAAUACAGAGAUUCAGAGUUUCUGUCUUUGUUCAUACAGAUGAUAUAGAGACCGUGUCAGUGAAGGAGGGAGGAUCUGUCACUCUGAAGACUGGUGUCGAUGACAUACAGAUAUUUGAACAGAUCCAGUGGAAGUUUGGACUAAACCUUCGGUUAGCUGAAAUCACAAGAGAGACUAAGAAAAUCUCACCAACAGCUGCUAAAAUACUCGAAGUCAAACUGGAUCUGGAUCGUAAGACCGGAUCACUGACCAUCAAGAAGAUCAGACCCACAGAUGAUGGAAUUUAUAUGCUACGCAAAAUUGACGAAAGAGGAAAUAUCACAACUAAAUUAUUCAGGGUUGCAGUCGAUCCCACUGAUUUCAGAAAUAACCCAGAGGAGAUGCCUUUGAACAGUAUCGCCUGACUCCAGACUGUGACAUCAUCAACAUUCAAAAUCAAUAAAAAUCAGAUUUCUCCUGAUGUGAGUCUCUAAACCCCCUAUGAAGGAGAUCUAGCUGUGUGUGUGUGUGUGUGUGUGUGUGUGUGUGUGUGUGUGUGUGUGUGUGUGUGUGUGUGUGUGUG